AUAAGACGUAAGGCAGAAAACUUAAAAACAGGAAGUUGAUACUCGGUUCCUCUCACUUUAUCAGCAAUUUUAACCGAAUGCUCCAAGUGCUUAUGUAAAGACCAAAAAAGAUGUUUCUUGGCGAGUGAUCCCCGAAAAGAACCAAAAACUAUGCUUGACAGCUGUUUUUCGAAAAUGAACACAGUGGUAUUGCCUCCAGAUUGGAGAAGAACAAAGUACGAUGUUAAUUGUAAUUUUUUUAAGCCACAACAAUUCCCAUUUACUGCUCCGUAUCAACGAGACUGAAUCCUGUUUCCUAUACUACCCAACAUGAGAAAAUCGUUUCAGUUAUCUUUCUGAAGGCCUUCUGAAAACGGAGGCUGGUUACAUUCUUUUCGGGGAUAACUGUUGCUUAAAUGAUGGCCCUUGCGGCGACGCCGAGUGUAGCUCAAACAUUGCUUUCAUGUCCAAAUAACUGGCAUUUUUGCUGUAAUUUCCUAGAAAAUAUGUUUUCAGAUAAAUUUACCACCUGCUUAACCAGUGCGCUACAAUUGUUAUCCCUUUGCUCGUAUACUGCUGUUGUGUUCGGCCAGCGCACAUAUGUUACUAGCUGUCUCAGUGGAAGGAUUAACUACUACACGAUAUCUGAUUACUAUUAGCCGUCUAGGAUUCUAGAUAAUGAUAGUUUUAUGAGGAUAUGAAGUCGUGUAAUAUAGAAAUGGAAGCCCCAAAUAUUGCAGCGAUCGUGAAAGCCCGACAUCACGCUCGCAUACUUUCCCCUACAAGUGUACACUCAUUAGGGAGCACACAAAAUCAUUUGAUAUCCAGUGGAAUCUACGAACCUUCUGAGAUCGGUUGCAACAUGAAUAACUUUUACAAUGUACCUACGACAAGUGGACAAGUAGUUUGCGAAGAAGUGAGAGUUCCAAUAGAAGACAAAACUCAUAAGAGCCGUUCUGAAAAUGCUCCUAAAUUGUUACGAGGAACGUGGUCACCAGAUGAUCGGCGUCUUUUCUUUCAAGCAAUAAGGAUGUAUGGACGCAACUUCAAUGAAAUAACACGUUUCAUUCGGUCCCGUGGACAUUGUACACCAGUCGAUCACCAAUCUGGAUUAUCAAGUAGUAAUGUUGAAUCUAAUGUAAACAGUUUACAUUCUGGAAGUAAUUUUGUUUCUUCACACACUUUGAUACCUACCCUUGGUUCAAAUAGUGUAGGUGUCCCAUGUCCAAGCAGUUCUCAGUCCACCAGUGUGUUGAACACACCUUUUUCAAGCAAUUCCGAUUUAAAUACACCUUGCGGAGGUCGAACACGUGAACAAGUUCGUUUCUUCUAUCAACAAACAUGGCACAAAAUACGUCGUUAUGUCAAAUUCCGCGAAGACGUUCCGCAACACGUUAGGGAGGUUUACGCAAUUGUCAACUAUUCUGUACUGCGUACACGUAUCAAGAAACCAUUGGAUCAUCGAUUGGGUGAGAAACUGAACGAGUUGGUUCACUGUGGUACUACUGUAAUCAAACACAACGGGCGCCGUUUCCUAUUGCGUACUCCUGUUUGUCCUGCAUUGAAACAAUUGAAUAAUAUCUCUGCGCCAACACAUGAAUUUCUGCUCCCUGAAGACGUAUGGAUUGAAUUAGUCCCACGAACUCAAACAGAUGCAUGGAGAGUGGUUGAAGCAGAGCAAAACCCUCGUUUACGGCUUCGAGUAGACAUUAAUCGUCAACUUUCAGAUGUCAUUCUUUUAGUGGAAAAUAAAUGGCAAUUAGCUGCUGAACGUAUGAGAACGCUUCUGGGUUUCUCAAUGGUUCAAGAAUAUGCUGUCCCAUCAGUUAUGCUUAACCUGUGUUCUAGUCAAGCUAUUGAUGGUGCUAUCCGAAUACAAGAAGUGGCACGUAUUCGUUCAGGAGAUAUUGGAUUACGUGCUUAUAUAGAACGAAUGAAUUCCAAAGUGUCGUUGCCUAGAACACAGUCAAACGUGUGUCAAACAGAAAAAGAAAAUGAAAAUCAGAGUGAUACUCCAGAGUCUUCAGAUUUGAUUACUUCAAGUGCAUCACCUACUUUAACACCAUCAUCAUCAUAUGCGUCCAAGUUCAGUAGUAACCUACCAAUUACUUCGUCAACUUCAAAUGCUGAGUUAGAUUUAAGAGAUCUUGGGAAACAGUUAUCAAUUGGAGUGACACGUGAGAUGGCUCGUGAAAUCAAAAUUGUGACUAUUUAUCUAGCUCUUGGCUGUCCAGAUCGUAUACGUUUUGAAUACCAGUUCUUUUGUACUAGAGAUGAAGAUGGACAAAAACAACUGAAUCCAUCCUAUUCAAAUCUGUUAAUUUGUCCACCGUUAGAUCCAGAUGGAGAUGGUAUAAGCAAUGGUCUAAGACGUCUACUACACUUAAAUGCUAGUGACUACUUACUUCAUCGUGAUUGGAUUUCUCGUCAUUCCAUUCAAAGUAAACCCCAGGUCCCCAUAUCCUGUCACGAUCCUCAAAGUACUACUCAUACAAACAGUCCUACAACUGCUCCAGUCGCAUCCACACAAAGUAAUACAUCAAUAUUCCCACCAAAUCCAAAUCAGUCUACUGUUUCAAAUAUUAAUACACCGUCUACUGGGACAUAUUUAUCUCAGAUAUCGUCUGAUUCUCCCAUGAUUGCAACAACUCAACAGCCAGCGUUAAUGAUGUAUCCUCAUCCAAAUAGCAUACAGGUUUUUAUUAAUGGACAACCAUCAGUAAUUCAGUUGAAUUCAUCUCUAUCAUCUUCAAACCCUAUCAUUUCUUCCUUAUUGGCAACAAAUCCUCCUGUAACUUCAGCUCAAAGUCCCAAAUUAGUUUUAUUACAACAACCAGUUGGUCAAAAAGUACAAGUCCCGAUUGUUGAACGUCCACUAGAUCAUGAACGACAAGUAACAACCACCUUGACGACAGUUACUCAAGGAUUAUAUACCCCUAUGUUGCUGAAACAGACCACUCUGCCCGUUCAGACUAGUGUUUCAUCUACCUUGACAAAUGUAACAAGUUCACCAGCUACACCUUCAUUACCUACUUCUAUUUCUUCAACAGUAGAAAAUGAAAAUUGUCCACUUGUAACAUCAUCUAUAAAAUCUUUAAAAGCUUUCAACGCACGUCGUCGUACAAGUAUUUUUUCACAAGUGAAUAAACGUUUAAAUGAAAAUUCCAUAUUAGCUAGAGAAUUACAGUCAAAAUUACCAACUACAUCAACUGCUUCAUGCAGUUUACCGUCAUUGCACAGUGCUUUGACACAUCCUUAUACAACACAGUCCUCGAUUUCUCCUCUGCAAACUGUCAAGAUGCCUGUUGGUCAAACUUCAAAGUCAUUCAAAAGAGAUGAAAUAUCAGUAGUUAAUGAUAUUGAUUCUAACUCAUCGCCCUUUUUAAUACCACCAACUUCUAAACAAAAUUCGUGGUCAUCUACAACAAUGUUAACUAGUAACUUGCCUCAAGUUUAUGGGGUAUCAAGUUUAUUUUCAUCUUCAUCAAAUUCAUCAUUAUUAAAGUCUAACAAUGUUAUGUCAUUUAUUACAUUAUCUAAAAAUACUGAAAAUACAGAUAUUAAUAUGGAUGAUUUAUUAUUAGCAUCUACAGAGACAAAUCAAUCCUCCUCCUCCUCAUCAUCAUAUAGUAAUGAUACACUGGCGUCCCUGUUGAACACUAUUUGUCCACCUUAUCCAUCGGUGUCGUCAUCAACAACAACUAAUCUUGAUCAUCCUAGUAUACCAGUUGAAAUAUCUAGUUAUCCAAAUGAAAAUACAUCUAUUUUACGCUCACUAGUAGCUGAGUCAUCUGCAUUAAACUUGAGUGCAACAAUAACAACAACUACAUCUAAAGAACGUGUUUCAUUCAAAAUUGAGGAGCCCUGUGGAAAAUCACCUGAUUUCGGAACUACUGACUGUGUUUGUAGCUAUCCACCUGUUUCUCCGUCAAUUGGUGAUAUUUCAUUCACAGAUUCGAUGGCUGCUGCUGUAAUGGAUGUGCAUCAUAUGGAGUUAGGAAAUUCUGAUGAGGAGCAAAAUGCAGAUGCAGAUGCUCAAUAUGAAUCUCUUAUAGAAGAUGAAGAUAUCAAAACAGUGAAAAACAGUAAUAUUAGUAAAUCUGAGUAUAAUUGUGUCACGAAUGUUGAAGUAUUCCUUAGAACGAAUACCCCACAAUCUGGACAAAAAUCAUCUGGUCUUAUUUCAUCUAUACAAACACCAACUACAUCACUGAACUGAUAAUGAUGACAGUCAUCAUGAUUACCAAAUAUUGAAUUAUGAAUGGUGCGAUAUUGCUUUUCUUUCCUUGUUUCUCGUUUUUUUCUCAUUGUAAAACAAGAUUUUUUGAAAAAACAGCAAUAGAUAAAUUAUCAAAUGUUUAUUUCAAAUUUCACCUGUCAUUCAUUGUACUAUAUGGAUGUAGACAUGUGCAAUUCAUAUUGAUUGUUUAAACCACUAUAAGUCAAAUAUCAAGAAAAAAAUUCUUUCCAGCAGUUACCGCAGCCAUAAAGUCUAGUCUGUUAAUAUAGUAAUAGCCAAAUUUGUGGUGAAUACAUUUUGAAGUGUAAAUUCAUAUUUCCACUGAAGUGAAUAUAAAUUAUAGGUGUCAAAUGAUUGAUGAUUAUAAUUACUCUUAUUAUCAUAUUAUUUUAAUAAUUUUGUCCGUAAACUUUAAUCGAUCUCAUUAUAAUUUUACAUUUCUUUUAAAAAUGUAUUCAUUGUAAAUUUGGUUAUUACUAUGUUAGCAAAUUUGAUUUUAUAACUGUAGAAUCUGACGAGUUCUUCAUUUUAUAUUUGACUUUUAUUGUAUGUAAAGGAAUUUCUAUAUUGUGUGACAAAAAUUGUAUUUGAGUCAGCCUGUACUUAUCAAGAAGAUUAUCGAGUCUGCAUAUAACAGGUCUUAUGAAAGUUUUCAUAGGGUCGAACUACUGAG